GUCCAGCCAAGGGAUGGGCACGGGAAGGGAGCAGACACCCGCUCACCCCAGCCUGCCCCAUUCCUGAGGAGUUUUAUCGCUUGGAUUUCCUCCCCGGGGCUUCGUGGCUGCUGCCCGCGCCGCCGCGGCGCCUUGGGGGUGGGAAGAAAAGGUGCCCAUGACAAAAGCCUUCCUCGCUUGGCCGCCCUGGGGGUGGCAGCCAACCCCCGCACUGGAGCCCGGCCACGGCAGGAGGGUUUUGUCCCUCACUCCAGAGCCCCGGGGCUGCAUUCAAAUUACCCGUCCGGAGCGGAGAGAGCCCCUGGCUUGGCCCUGGCACCGCCGGCCGGGCCCCGGGCGAUCAAACUUCAGCUUCCCCUGCUGAGCUCCUGCUGGGAAUGGGAGGGCAGAGCAUGGCCCCAGCCCUCCCGCUGCUGCUGCUGCUCUGGGUGUUUGCCCCCUCGGUGGUCCCGCAGGUGUUUGGCCCCGGAGAUGGCACAGAGGACCUCAAGGCUCUGCAGGUCUCCAUCCCACGCCAGCCAGCCCUCGACCCUGUGCUGGCAGGCGACAUCACCAUCCCCUGCCUCAUCACCUACCUUGGCCCCCAGCCCACUGCCGGCACGGGCGGCCGCCGGGCGGUGCUGGGAACCCCCCGGGUCAAGUGGACCUUCAUCUCUGAGGGCAGGGAGGUGGAGAUCCUGGUAGCUCGGGGGGACAGGGUGAAGGUGAGCGAGGACUAUCGCCUGCGCGCCUCCCUGCCCAUCUUCCACCAGCGCUACACCAACGCCUCCCUCCUGCUCACCGAGCUGCGGCCCAACGACUCGGGCAUCUACCGCUGCGACGUGCAGCACGGCAUCGAGGAUGGCCACGACAUCCUGCAUGUCAAAGUCAAAGGGGUGGUGUUUCACUACCGGGAGGGCUCCAGGCGCUACGCCUACACCUUUGCCGAGGCUCAGGAAGCCUGUGCCCGGAUCGGUGCCAGCAUUGCCACCCCCGAGCAGCUCUACGCCGCCUACCUGGGCGGCUACGAGCAGUGUGACGCCGGCUGGAUCGCCGACCAGACCGUCAGGUACCCCAUCCAGACACCCCGCGAGGCCUGUUACGGAGACAUGAAUGGCUUUCCUGGGGUCAGGAACUACGGGGUGGUGGACCCAGAGGACAUGUACGAUGUGUACUGCUACGCUGAGGACCUCCCAGGGGAGAUCUUUUUGGAGACGGCCCCAGCCAGGUUCACGCUGGAGGAGGCUGCGGAGCGCUGCCGGGCGCUGGGCGCGGAGCUGGCGAGCCCGGGGCAGCUCUACGCGGCCUGGAACGCGGGGCUGGACGCCUGCAGCCCCGGCUGGCUGGCCGACGGCAGCGUCCGCUACCCCAUCGUCACCCCCCGGGAGCGCUGCGGAGGAGCCCUGCCGGGCGUCAAAACCAUCUUCCUCUUCCGCAAUCAGACGGGAUUCCCCGAUGCCCAGAGCAGAUACGAUGCGUACUGCUUCCGAGAAGGGACAAACUCUUUCCCUGAGGCUGCAGGAAAAUACCAAGCCCAAGAGCCCGAGGAGAAUCUCCUCCAGGAGAUUGUCACAGUGGCAGAAAAGCUGGAGGAGCUGCAGCUGCCCAGAGCACCAGUGGAGCUUGAGUCGCGAGGGGCUAUUUACGCCGUCCCUUUCUUUGAGGACGCUGAGCUGGAAAAGCCGAGCCCGCCCCCUGAAGACACACCAGGGCCAGGGGCCCGGCACCCCCCACUAGAUACCUCCGUGUCCUCAGAGGAAGAAGAGGGAGCAGCGCCGGGCAGGGGCCCUGGCAGCACAUCGGCAGAGAGCCCGGGCGGAGGGCGAGACCCCAGCCUGGAGCCGGACGGAGCCCCCGGCACAGAGACACUCUCCAUGGCCCCUCGGCUGGGCGCAGAGGGACCCACCGAUGCCCCAGCAGAGCGCCGAGAGCCUGCUGGGACCUCGCGGCGCGGCCACAAGCCCGGCGGGACGAGAAGCUCCGUCCCCGCCGCCGAAGACGCCGAGCUCUCCGGAGACGUGGUCGAAAGCCCCGGGGCUUCCCCGCUGCCCGCUGCGCCCUCGCAGCCGCAGGAGGAGGGAGAGGAGCUGUCGGGGGCCCCGUGGUUCCCCUCACCCGCGGCCCCGGGGGACGAGAGCACCGUCCCCGCAGCAGAGGCGACGGCGGUGCCUGGAGGCAGCCGCGCACCAGCCCUGGAAGGAGAGGAGGCUGUGCCGCGACCCCCGGGCGCUGACCGAGGGAUGCCUGCUGCACCUUCCGAGGAGGAGGAGGAGGAGGAGGAGGAAGAGCAACCUGCUCCCUCCGUUGCAACCGUGGAGGGUUUCCUUGCAGCCGUUCCUGGAGAACCAGGUGGCUGCAUCCCCAACCCCUGCCUGAACGGAGGGACCUGCAUAGAGGACGACACCCACCUCACCUGCCUGUGCCUGCCUGGCUACGGAGGCAGCAGCUGUGAAAGACCGCUGAGGAGGUGCAGCCCUGGCUGGGACAGCUUCCAGGGAGCCUGUUACAAGCACUUCUCCACCCGGCGGAGCUGGGAGGAUGCAGAGACCCAGUGCAGACAUUACGGGGGACACCUGGCCACCAUCCUGACCCCUGAAGAGCAGGACUUCAUUAACGACCAGUACAGGGAAUACCAGUGGAUCGGCUUGAACGACCGGACCAUCGAGGGGGAUUUCCAGUGGUCUGACGGGAGCCCUUUGGUAAGUCAAGCUUGGUAAGCCCUUAUAUGCCCUUGUGUCCCCUCACCCCGCCUGGCAGCUUGUCACCCUUCUCCUGCACUGGGGUCCAACCCUGGGGCCAGGAUUUGAAACCCCUCAGCAGGGCUGAG